CCUAACCCUAACCCAGGGUUGGUAGACGCUGGGAAUACCAGGAACUCUCCGCCAUGGUUCCGGAUGAAGCGUCUUGCCGCUCACUGGUCGACCACCUCGAAAACAGAGGAUUCUUUGUUGUCGGUGAACCGUUGGAGGACGCGCAUGGUGCAGAGCCCAGCUCUCAGGAGACGGGGCACAGGCCUGAGCACAAGCGUCUGCUGGAGAUGGCAGAGGGUCGGACAGAGGAAGCUUGCCAUGGGCUCCUAACGGGCGAGCGGUUGCCGCAACAUGAGAUGACGCUGUACCGGUACUUUUGCAUGGCCACCCUGACGAUCACGCACCGUGUACCGGAAGAGACGGUGGUGGACUUCAAAGUCACUGAGUGGAAUGACAGGCAGGUGAGCGCCGGUGUCGGGGCGACGAUCUACUUCCGAGACGGUGCGGACAGAGCUGUUUUCAGCGUAGACGAGGAGAGGUGGUUAGGUGCCUACUUCACGGCCAUCAGGCCGCUCUACCUGACGCGGAAAGGGGAAGCAGCGGAUGACCAGGGCUGCUUCUUCCUGGGGUGGCCAAUCCCAGGUCCGACUUGUGCCGUCUCUGGAGGCACUUCCGCUGGCAGGCAGCGACCGACCGAGGCCAAAGUGGCAGCCAUUGUGGCCAAGGAGGAGUGGAAAACGAAUGUCCCCUCUCUCCCGGAUGUGCUCCAGGCGUGGGUCUCCCCUUUAAAGGCAGCCAUUGAGGACGACAAAGGUGUCCUCAAGUCAGUGGUGGAGCAAAGGUGGAAGGUGAUCGAUUUUAAGGAUUUCAGAGAACACAAGGGUAGAGGCGUCAUUGCCACCAUGCCGUUCUCCAAAGGUGAAGUGAUCUGCGACUGUCACGGAAAGCUCAUCUCUGAAUCGGAGGGGAAGAAGAUGAUGGAUGAAAUGCAGGAGGGAGUGAUGUGCUACCUCUUCUUCGUCAGGGGCAGGCUAGGCACCAAGCUGUGCAUCGAUUCCCAGAACUUCCCCUGCGAGUGCCGCCCUGGAUAGGACACCUUUGGAAGGCGCAUGAACGACUCGGGCAAGGCGUCCAAUGUGAAGCCUGUGUUGAUCCAGUUGAACUUCGCAGACGGACCCCAAGACACUGUCCUGUUCUUGGCCCAGAGAAACAUAGCCGGCAACGAAGAGCUGCGUUGGGACUAUGGUGUGAGACGGAUGUCCUUCAGAGAUGAGGGCAUGGACCUGGCAUGGCUGGAUGACUGAAAUGAUUUGCGUUGGUUCAUUGUGUUCCCUCAUUUGUUGUUGCCGGUUGUUGCUGUUCUUGUUGUU